AUGGGUGACCUUCUGCGGAGCAAUGGGCUUACAGACGUGAUUGCGGCGUUAACGCCGAUCGGAGACGACAGCAACGACGAGCAACCUAGCGACUCGGAGCUCCUCGUAUCAGCGAAUGCGCCUCCGGGACCGAUGCGCAUCGCGCGCUAUCUCAAUGGUAAUGUGACACUGAAGAUCACGAUUAAACUUUUUCGAGAUGACAACGCAGCGCCGCGACUUGACGCGUUUAGUGACGCCGACUUUGCGGGCGACAGGGCAGACAGAAAGUCGAUGACGGGCGGCGUGCUUUUACUGAAUGGUUAG